UUUCGCCCUUUUGAGUCCAGCGGUUGGGCCUCUGGCAGUUUCUCCCGGAGCUCCGGGAAGGCAGAGAGGUGCACACCUCAUAGGCUGGGAUUCUAAACCAACUUCACGGCCCAGGGGGGCCCCCCCACACAGUCAGAGGAUGGCAAGUGGAGGCAGAAACCCUGACGUCAGGGAGGCCACAGAGGAGCAGGACCUGGAGGAAGAUCCCAUUUUCAGGUACUUCAGAGAAAACAAGGUGGAGAUCGCCAGCGCGGUGACCAGCCCGUUCCCGUUCCUCAUGAGCCUCCGGGACCGCGGCUUCAUCUCUCAGCAGAUGUAUGAACAUUUUCAAGAAAGAUGUAAGAACGUGGCCCCACUGGCGCGAGUGGUGUAUGACGUCCUCAGUGAACUGGAGAAGAAGUUUGACCCGUCACUUCUCAAAGUGCUGUUCAGCAAAGCCAGCAUGUUGGCUUAUCCUGAUUUAAAGGAGAUUCUCAGAAACUUCCCAAAUGAGAUUCGUGGUAACUUCUAUGACCCCCUCCAUGAGAGGACAGGGACAUUGCAGACACCCAGCAUCCAACCAAGAGAGGGAACACUGCCUAGCAGCCAAUCAAGAGAGAGGACACCACAGACACCCACCAGCCAAUCAAGAGAGGGGACACUGCCCAGCAGCCAAUCAAGAGAGGGGACACCGCAGACACCCACCAGCCAAUCAAGAGAGGGGACACUGGCCAGCAGCCAAUCAAGAGAGGGCACACCACAGACACCCAGCAGCCAAUCAAGCGGCCCUCGAGUGCCCUGUGACUCCAGUGCCUCCCGAAUGACUAAUGAAGGAGCAGCUGAGGAGAUGCCCAGCCGAACACCAGAUGGUAGCCAUCCUCAUGUACACACAUUUAAUGGAGAAGAGCCCCUGGGUUCCUUCUGCUCACCACCAAGACAUGGGGCAGGAGCAGAGCGAUCAGCAUGUGGAAAUGAGCCCUGUCCUUGUGUCAUGUGUUCCUCCACCUAUGUGCCCAAAGGCCCGAAAGAAAGGAUGGAAAGUAGCCAAGCGUUUAGCACACUGGAUACUGUGGAUGUUGAGAACAACCCUACUAUAAGAAAACCCAAGAGGAAAAGAAGAAAAAAGAAAGGGCAUAACUGGAUCAGAAUAAAAAAGAGAAGGCCACAAAAUGUACAUCAAAAAGGUGACAACACAGCUGAUGGUCAGAUGCCCUGCAGGGAAAAGAAAAUGAAAAUGAAACGGAGAGGCCUCACCAGGACCAGGGGUUCAAGGAAGGACAGAGAUGAAACCGUGGACUUUGACUCAGAGUUACUUCCUGUGACGUGUGGUCCGCUGAGGGGGACUUUACAUAAGGAGAAAUUGAAACAAGGAGCCUUGGUGAAAUGCAUCCAGAGUGAGGAUGGCGACUGGUUCACUCCCACUGAGUUUGAAGUCGAAGGAGGCCAUGCGAAAUCCAAGAACUGGAAGAUGAGCGUGUACUGCGGCAGGUGGCCCCUCCGCAAGCUGAUGGAGGAAGGAUUUCUAUGUCAUCCUCCAAGAACAUAUCCCAAGAGGAAAAAGCAGAAAACAACGCUGAAGAACUCGAAUGAAUGUGAAGUGUGUCGCAAGGGGGGAACACUGUUCUGCUGUGACACCUGUUCCAGAGCCUUCCACAAGGACUGUCACAUUCCAUCCGUAGAAGCUGAGAUGACCCCUUGGAGCUGCAGCUUCUGCAAGAUGGAGGCCUUAGGAAGCCAACAGACUCACUCCGAACCUGAGAUCCUGGAGAGGCAGAUGCAGCCCGCUGAGCAGCUGAAAUGUGAGUUCCUCCUCUUAAAGGUCUAUUGCUAUUCCGAGAGCUCCUUUUUCACCAAGAUCCCAUAUUAUUAUUAUAUUAGGGACACUUCCACAAGCCUGAAAGAACCCAUGUGGCUGGACAGAAUCAAGAAAACGCUCAGUGAACGGGGUUACCCCCACGUGCAGGGGUUUGUGCAGGACAUGCGCCUCAUCUUUAAGAACCACAGGGCCUCGUACAAGUACCAAGCAUUUGGCCAAAUGGGACUCAGACUGGAGUCUGAAUUUGAGAAGACUUUCAAAGACGUGUUUGCUAUCGAGGAAGCAAAUGAGAGCUGCGCACUCCUGUAAGCAGACGUUGCUCAGUGUCCAGCACCGUCUCCUUUUCUCCAGUCACCGCGGUGGCUGGCUGCUAGCUGCAGGGCCCCAGAGGAUUCUCUGGAUCUCACGGAACCAGCUCCAGGUGGAGGCAGAGGUUCUACUCCUGUGCUGGGGGCCCAGGCUGGACCCCAAGAUGGCAUCAGAUGCUGCUCUCUGCUCCCCCAAGACCGGGCUGGAGAGAGUCCCCAGCCGGCUUAGCUCCUUCUAGUCUAGUAUAGGGCCCCACAUAUAGGGCCACAGCCCCCUUCUCCUGAGAGCAUUCCACAAUAAAUCACGGACUCAUGCAGCUUUAGCUUAGAUUCUGCUUCUACAGGACUCAUAAUGCUCUUCUGGAGUAUAAACGCUAAGGCUAGGAUACUAGAGUUUCCAUCCAACUGGUAAUGGAUGAACUAGUACUGGUUCUUGGGGUGCUGUAAAAGUACAGUUUCACCUGAAAAAAAUUCACCUGCAGGAAAAAAAAAAAAGAAGCAAACAAGCUAUGUAUAGAUAAAGAGGGUUACUGGCUGGUGAAUGUGUUGGACAUUUAAGAAGGGAGGAAAAGAAUCUGUAAGAACUGUGAGAUCAGCACUUAGCUAUUGCUAAAUCCUAUGAAUGUAUUGAUAAGAGCAAAUAACUGGCUUGGGUCAAAUUGAUCACAUAGCCGAAGGAGAAAGACUCUCCCUCACCCACGCAGCUGGGGGGCAAAUUGCAUGGAAGGUGUGUUGCAGGCUCGGAUUUUAGGAAUGGCAGAACUCUAGAGAAGACAGCAUUCUAUGGGUUGCACACCAGUGCCUCAUACCUAGAAUACUAGCUACUUAGGAAGCUGAGACAACAUGGAGAAAGACAAAUCUAGGAGACUCUGCUCUCCAAUUAACCUGCAAAAAUC